UGUCGUUCCGCUCCCACAGCUACCCCAACCUUCCCAAGGACACGUCGAGCGAUUUUGAGUGAGGCGUAUCUGUGUGGUCUUGUCAUAUUCUCAAUUUAUAAGGUUGAGCCUGUUACGGAUUUUGGUUGUUAUGAGCCUUUGACGAUUCUAGUGCGCGACGUUGACCAACACCCCAGUCGACACUCAACCGAGUCCACAGGGAUCAUAACCCAUCAGACAACUGCUACAACAUAUUGAUAUAGCCAUUCAUGGCCGCACCACAAGGGGGUUACCCUCCCCAGGAAGGGUACGGCCAACCUGCCGGAUAUGAGUCUCCUUCACAGCAAGCUGCGGGGUUAGCCCCUGGAGCCCCCGCCCCGGCUCAACAUGGCGGUAAAAAGAAAAGAGCAUACGCUGGUGAAGCCUUCGGAUUUGGUUCCGGUGCCAAUGCUGGUCUAGGUGGUCAACUACCGGCUGGUGGUGCCUACGGGGGUUACCCAGCCCAGCCGCAAGCCGCAGGAUAUCAGCAACCCGUGUACGGAGCGGAUCCCACUCAGAUGCAUGCCGCGGCUCAAGGAUAUGCUGCUCCUGCUGCGCCCGCAGUGGCUCAGAUGACUCAACAAUUCGGUGCAAUGGGAGUAACUGAUCCGCAUUUAAUGCCGCCGCAAGCUGCUCCCCAAGCUGUCCAGGCCCCGCGACCUGUUCCUCUCAACCAGCUCUAUCCAACAGACCUCCUCACCCAACCAUUCAAUGUCGCGGAACUUGACUACCCUCCACCUCCCAUUGUCCUACCGCCAGGGACCAGCGUGUAUCCUUCCCCUACUGCGAACUGCCCCCCUAAAUAUGUCCGGUCGACGCUGAACGCCGUUCCCACCACCCACUCUCUCUUGAAGAAGUCGAAACUGCCUUUCGCUCUUGUCAUUCAGCCGUAUGGAGCGCUCCAUGACUCCGAAGACCUGGUCCCCGUCAUUCCGGACCAAGUUAUCUCUCGUUGUCGCCGUUGCCGAUCCUAUAUUAAUCCUUUUGUGACUUUCCUUGACCAUGGGCAUCGCUGGCGUUGCAACAUGUGCAAUCUGACAAACGACGUACCUCAAGCCUUCGACUGGGACACAGCUUUGCAACGGCCAGCGGAUAGGGCAUUGCGGCCUGACCUCAAUCAUGCAGUUGUAGAGUUCGUUGCACCGCAAGAGUACAUGGUGCGGCCCCCGCAGCCACUCGUCUACCUCUUCUUGAUCGAUGUUAGUUACGCCUCUGUCACCAACGGCCUUUUGGCUACAAGUGCUCGGUGCAUUAAGGAAAGCCUCGAUCGCAUUCCGAACGCCGAUCGUCGGACGCGACUGGGUUUUAUAGCUGUUGAUUCAAGCCUCCAUUACUUUAGCAUCCCGCGUGAUGGCUCGGAGAACUCAGACCCAAGGAUGCUUGUUGUCAGCGAUUUGGAUGAGCCAUUCCUCCCUAUCCCCGGUGACCUGCUAGUAACCUUGAGCGAAUGCCGUGAAAACAUCGAAACGUUCCUCGAUAAGUUGCAGGAAAUGUUCCAGACCACCCAAAACAAUGGCUGCGCCAUGGGAUCGGCGCUCCGUGCUGGCUACAAGUUGAUUGCCCCUGUUGGAGGAAAGAUGAGCGUUCUCAGCUCAUCUCUCCCCAACGUUGGACAUGGCGCCCUGACCAUGAGAGAGGAUAAAAAAGUCUUGGGCACCAGCAAGGAGAGCAGUCUGCUGCAAACCGCAAACAGCUUCUAUAAGAGCUUUGCUGUUGAAUGCUCGAAGGCACAAGUUUCUGUAGAUAUGUUCCUCUUCUCGUCCCAGUACCAGGAUGUGGCAUCUCUCAGCAACCUGCCAAGGUAUACCGGUGGCCAGACAUACUUCUACCCUGGAUGGAACGCUGCUCGGGGAGAGGAUGCGAUCAAGUUUGCACAGGAGUUCUCGGAUUAUCUCUCGUCAGAGAUUGGCUUGGAGGCCGUCCUCCGUGUCCGUGCUACGACCGGCUUGCGCAUGAGCACAUUUUACGGUAACUUCUUCAACCGCAGUUCCGAUCUCUGCGCAUUCCCUGCUUUCCCCCGCGAUCAAGCCUACGUUGUUGAAGUGGCCAUUGAUGAGACUGUCACGAAACCUAUUGUUUGCAUGCAGACUGCCGUACUUCACACUACAUGUAAUGGGGAGAGGAGGAUCCGGGUGUUGACUCUGGCGCUUCCCACUACUCAGUCACUUGCAGAUGUCUAUGCAUCGGCAGAUCAGCAGGCGAUUACUACCUACUUUAGCCACAAGGCUGUUGAACGGGCCCUGGGAAGCGGCUUGGAACCUGCCCGAGAAGCCCUGCAAGCCAAGGCCGUGGAGCUUCUGGCGACUUACCGCAAAGAACUCGCUGGCGGAAGUGUGAGUGGCGGAGGUCUGCAGUUCCCUGCUAACUUGAGAGGACUCCCUGUUCUUUUCCUCGCGUUGAUCAAGAAUCUUGGUCUUCGGAAAUCUGCGCAGAUACCAACUGAUAUGCGCUCCGCAGCACUCUGCUUGCUAUCGACGCUCCCCCUCCCUCUUCUCAUGCAAUAUAUCUACCCAAAGAUGUACUCUCUGCACGACAUGCCGGAUAAUGCCGGCCUGCCCGAUGAACAAACAGGCGAAAUUGUUCUUCCUCCACCGGUGAACUUGUCUUCUGAGCGUAUAGUUCCAUACGGUCUCUACCUCAUCGACGACGGCCAGACACAGUUUCUCUGGGUGGGGCGUGAUGCUGUGCCACAGCUCCUUGUCGAUGUAUUCGGUCUGCCAGACAAGUCGCAACUGCGCGUGGGCAAGCAAAACCUUCCCGAUUUGGACAACGACAUGAACCAACGCGUGCGGGCGGUCAUCGAGAAGAGUCGGGACCACCGGUCGAAGGGCUGCGGCAGUAUUGUGGUGCCACACCUGUACGUGGUCAAGGAGGAUGGAGAACCCGGUCUCCGGUUGUGGGCACAGACAAUGCUGGUGGAGGACAGAGCCGACCAGAGCGCCAGUCUGGUACAAUGGAUGGGCAACUUGCGGGAAAAGGUUGUGCAGUAAUGGUAGCUUUCCCAAGUUUUCUUUUCUUUCUAAUUUUUUGGUAAAUUAUAUGCAACAGAUAUCAAUAUAUUGCUCAUCUGUCUGGGAUCCUCUGUACUACUAGAGAUUUUCCUUACGGGUUAUUGUUAGCGAGAUUCUAGUUUUCUCUGGAGGUGACUAUAUAGACCGCUCCGUCUCUCCCUCUUUUUUAUUUUUUUAUUUAUUUUUCGAAAAGCAAAGAGGAAAUUUUUUUUCUUCCCUCCCAGUGACCUAACCCUAUCUUUCAAUUCAUGCAAAUGUGUUCCAUAGGAGAAAGCGUGCAUGAGCCCCCGGCGUCUGUCAGGCCGAUCAUGCAAAGUAGACUUUAGAUCACAGCUUAGCAUGUCAGCUCAAGUCGACAAGGCCGCGAGGCUCAGAGCGAAUCAGGGACGAGAAUGGCGACAGAGUUGGCAACACAACGAGGGAGGUGCCAAGGUAUGCGGGAGAUUAGACAAUAAAAGGAGAGCGUGAAAUGCAGUGAACUUUGUGACAACUGUGAUGAUGAGCAGUAGCGCGGAGUUGAAGGUUGGCAAUGGCACUGCCCCCUCUCCACUCGGCCAACACUGAGACGUAAACUAAACUCCAUCAGGAGGCAGUUGGCGCUGUGGCGGGUUACCUGGUGGUGGAUGUGCAUUGAAACACUGGCCAAAGACACUAAUGGAGGAGGGGACCCAUCCUAGCAGCGAAAUUGAC